CGAAUGUUCUUUUCAGAAAAAAAAAACAAAUAAAAAAUGGCUUUGACACCUUUUUUGGCGAAGGCAAUUCGUAGCUUUAGCGUUGAGAUAAAAAAAACAAUCAUUUGUGAGCCCUGUUGCCAGCAGCACACGCUUCCAAUCACUCAAGGAAUAAGUCUUUAAAACUAUCUGGAGGAGUGACUAUGAGCUACGAGCCCUUCACAAACCCAUACACACUUAUACACAGUGCACUGUUUUGAUGCACGGCAGCUAGUGAAUGAAAAAACCACACACACACACACACACACACACACACAGGUGGAUGUGUGUGCUGAAAAAAAUCCUGGUCCUGAAGGCUAAUGCACUCUUCAAGCUGGUUUACUGAGCAGGUGACAUGUUAUGAACACACCGUCAGAGCCCAGUGGCUCCCCACCCAUGGUGGUUUAUAGAGAGAGAGGGAGAGAUAGAGUUUAGGGCAUAGUGCUUUGAGAAACCAGAUCUAUAUUGAGGUGCGCCUCUGAACCUGGGUGCAAACGGAGGAAGGUUCACGCUUGAUGAUGAUGAUUAACUGGAACAUGCUGUGUUCUGUGGAAUCGUGAUGCCUCUGAUGUGCUGUUUACGUCAACUUUGUUUGGUUUUGUUAACGUCUCAUGAUUAAAAAAAAGCAAACAUGAGAAACAUGUUCUUUCUCUUGGUUAGAGAAAUGUUUUCACUAGAAUGACUUUAGCACCAUGACCAUAGUCUUCUUAAAAAACAAAAAAAACUGCGUUCUCCAGGUCCUUGAUUAGAGAAUUCCACAACACAGACACAUACCAACACAGACCCAUUUCAAUACGUUAUUUGAAUGUAACCAGGGACGGCUUGCUAGAAACAAGCUGUAAAAACACCAGACAGUGCAUAAGAAACGUGGUUUAUAUUUAAAUGUUUGGCAUUAAUUGUUUUUUUCUGAUCAUCUGGCUCAGGCAGAGAGCAAUGUGUCUUGGAACAGGCUUUGGAUGGUGAUUGGAAUGUGUGCUAUAGAACCCUUGCAGAAGAUAAAAGAAACAAUUGCAGUUUUUUGACAAUUAUGACACUUAAUCCCAUCCCCAUGCCAAUAUUUCUACUGCUGUUUAACGGGUGUGGCGCCAUCAUUCUCUAGUUUUUAUGAGGGACUGCUGUUGUACAUGAUGGUCUUUGACCAGGUUUCUGCUCUUGUUUUGGUACCUCUUCUAUUUCAGCUGUUAGGGCAUACACGGCUUAUCACAAGCUUAAGGUUGUUUUUGUUGUUGUUUUUAUUUUGGUACAGCUGUAUAAAAUUCCCACAUUGACUAGUUUUUUUUUUGUUUGCAUUUUUUUUUGUUCCUGCAACCUUGAUAUUCAGGGUGGAUUGUAAAGAAAUAUAAGAAUAAAAAAAUGUGAGUUUUGGAAGAUUAUUUUGAUAAACUUAUUUGCAGACUUGAGGAUAAUGAGAGGGUCUUGUGUGGGGGUUGAUUUGUAAAGACAGAAAAACAAACUACGACAUCUUGAAGAAAAAGAGCAAAGAAAAUUGUAAUAAAUAUUUUACAUCAGUUUGUCAGUCAUGUCUACCAUUUCGUUGAAUGUAAAAUAUAGCAAACUAACAGAAGUCAAUGGCAUAUCAGUGCCGGAUAUACAUAAUAAUCAGUCGCCAUAGCACUGUCUGGGAGGGAGGAGAACAUGACAAGUUAUUCUGUCACGUCUACCCAUCAGUUUCACUGAUUGUUUGCCAUCUCAGCUGCCCAGGUGAUGGUUGCAUAGUUACUGUAACUAAUAACAAACUAACUGAGAGAUCAACAGAGAGAAGGGCCUCGGGCUACUGAUGUGAAAAGGUGUCCAGGCCGGUGAUAUUGGCAGAAAGUACAUCUAGGACAGCUCUCUAAAUACAGUUUUGCUUUUUCAGUCGUAAGUGAAUGGUGUCUUUCAACCCAGUUGAGUAGUUGGGGUUAGGUCAGCAUCUGUGUAUUAGUGAAUUAGAGGUCGACUCACUGAGCUGAUCAGGAGCCUCUGGUACGGCGUACAGAUGUGGGAUUCACAGGAGUUCAGCUGCCGUGACUGCCACAUGGUCUUCCGGUCAGGGGGGCUCCUAGACAAGCACAAAGCGCGCUUCUGCCUCGGGAGUGAUAUCGGAGAUCCGUCCGUGCUCCUCCGGCAGGGUCGUGUGGAGUUCGCCAAACCUGAGACGGGCGCCUGGAGAGGUCUCGGGCCCAGUAGGACCAGAACCCCGGACCUCAUCUCUGUGAGACUGCACUUGGCUCUGUCCAUAUCUCUCUCACACACACACACACACACACACACACACACACACACACACACACACACACAUUCUUCAUCUCCAGCUCAUUUACUGUCUGUCAUAUCCCUCUCUCUCUCUCUCUCUGUCUCUUAUGCGUCUUGGCUAAAAUUACAUACAUCUGGGAGAUCUAGCACUUUUAUGCUGAGAGAGAAGAGAGCAGAGAGGAUGAGACAGAGUCGGUUGUGGGAUGAGAAGGGUGGUGGGGGAGACGACACCCAGAGAGACAUGCGGGGCAGCAUGGAUGACACCACGACCCUGAGGAGACUCACCAACGAGUGCUGUGUUUAUUACAUAUAUUAUGGGUAUAAUCUGUUUCAUGGGUAUAGUUUAAAGGAAUGUAAUGUAAUUUACUUGGUAUACUUUGUGGAAAUGAACAGAAGAUAUUCUGUGUAUUCACAACUUUUAAAGUUUGCAAAGCUGCGGAUGUCCAUCCAGGAGAGCAUGAGCAGUCUUCCUCAACAGCUGCUCUCAGAGAGCAGUUCAGGAGUUCAGGAGGCACCUGGGGAGGUGGGUGAUGAGCGGCUGAGAGAGAUGUCGGAGCAGCACGGCCAGCAGCUGGCUGAGAUCCGGCUCCAGAGCAGCCUCCUGGAGCAGCGCAAAGAGGAGAUUGAACAGCGGCUGGCUGCGCUGGCUGGGCUGGCCAACACGAGUCAUCUGGAGAGGCUGCUGCAGGAGCUGAGGGAGCAGGAGGAGAGGAACCAGGAGGCCCUGCAGAACCUCAGCACACAGAUCAGCAUCCUGCAGGCCCAACAGGAGAGGGCCAAAGAUGCUGAGUCUCCCCCAGCCUCCCCUGAAGACAAAAGGACGCCGCACGUGUCUUUUGACCUCAUAUCCUCUGUGGACGGACCACUCUCCAGCCAAAUAAGGUCUCUGAGGCUGGCGUACAUGCAGUCUGGGGGAACUGACCCCGAGGUUCUGGCUCAGAUGCAUGACCUGCAGGCAGAGGCCCAUACGCUGGAGCAAAAACAAAUUAAGCGGCACCACAAAAAGAGAGUCAAGCCCAGUCAAAAGGUUGAAGGUUCCGAUCUAACCUCUCUGCAAUUGGACAACCAGAGACUGGAGGAGGAGAUCUUCAGGAUCCAGUUAGCCAGGGAGAGAGGGGGAGAAGGUGUGGCUCAGGGGUCCCCAACCUUUCUGGGUCAGAGGGCUACCAAGGGCUACCCAAGGGCUACUGAAAGUUACCCGAGGGCUACUUUUAGGCAGCAGGUCCAGCAGCUGUGCAGCCUGCAGGAGAAGAUCGAGGGGCUGCGGCGUGAGGUGCAGACCACCAGGCAACACCGCCAACCUCCUGCUCUCCCUCCACCUCCACCUCCACCUCCACCUCUCUUCCCUGGAGGCCCCGGAGCUCAGCGCCAGGGCACCACUGCUGCUCUGGAAUGGCACAAGGCUCAGCCCUCUCUACUCAGCAGACGUCUCCUGAGCCGUCACGACAGCCUGGGCCCUGCUCCUUAUGACCCUGUCGCUGGCUUUGUGAUUUUCUAUGACUUGCUGGUUGGUGCGGAUGCCACUCAUGCAGUGCUGCGGCUGGUAGCAGGGCUCUUCUCCCAUGCCCAGGAACUGGGGCGCCCUGUCCCCCUGCCCGCUGUGCCCUGCCAACCAGCCGGCUCCCUGCCGUACCCCUACACUCUACCCACUGGCAACUAUGCCCUGCUGUCUGCCAAGCAGCCAGUGCCCAGGAUGCAGCCGUCCCCCCUCCUCUCCCUCCUGGUGGAGGUCCAGGUGGCUGAAGGUGCGGACCUGACUGGCCAGGAGGGGGCGCAGCAGGAGCUGGUGUCCUGUGGCUGGACUCGACUGCAGCUGUUUGACCAGCACAACCAGGUGCGCAGCGGACACUGGCGCCUGCCUUUCAGGGUCCUACCAGUACGACCAACUCUGUCCCCUGAGCAGCUCAACUCAGUACCUCAGCUUGGCAACAUGGAGUUAUAUUUGCGAAUAGCAAAUGCACGUGACAGUGAAGUCCAGUCCCUAGCUAAAGUUGACCCAAGUGACACCAGCCAUUACAAGUAUCCUACCUUGUCACCUGUGGGAUUCAGAGGAGCUGCAUCGCCCCCUCCAGCACCAGUGCAACCCUCCACCAAUCCGGCUUCUUGUAGUGAUCAGAUGGACCCGCCUCCUGUAGAGGGGUCUAAUCAGAGGUGAGAAAGAGAUUGGAGUCCCAACUGCUUGGUUCCCUUUGUAAAUUUGGUAUUCUUGUCAAUGUACACGCAAAAGACCCCACUUCUACUGAAAGGGAACAUCCAAUAUCAUAUCGUACAGAUUACAAUAUUCUUUAAAAUGUUGUGACCACACACCUUUACAGUUUUUUUUUUUAAACGUUUUUUUCUAUUGCUUUCAGUCACCAAUUUAUUGCAAAUGCUGCAUUUGGCCAAUUUCUUGGAUAAUUUGCUGCUGUUAUAUUUCCAAACCGAGGGUUGGGUCACCUUUCUCACCUUUGAUAACUGAUCAUAUGUCUCUUUUUUACCUGUGUGAAAUACAAAUGUGAUGCUGAUUUUUGCUGACCAAUUAAAAUGUCAAACUGGAA